AUGAAACGUCUUGCAGACGUCUUUAAGAUCAUCAGUACAGCCUAUCCUGAGACCUUGUCCAAAAUGAUUAUUGUGAAUCCACCUGCUGGAUUCAACAUGCUCUGGAUGGCUGUACAGCCAAUGCUGAACCAACGAAUCAAGCAGAAGUUCGUCUUCAUCCCUGACGGGCCCUUCGAAUUUCCUCAGAAACUGGCGGCCAUGACGGGCACCUCUGCGUUACAAGCGCUCGCAGACCUCGGAGAGAGGGAUGCGUCCAUGGAUUGGCCUCCGGGGAGGUCCAGUUUUCAGUACCGCGUGCUUUCCCCAGGGUGCAAAGCACAAUGGUUCUUUGAAGUGCAGCCCCCCGGGUGCUACCUGCAGCUGCAGGUGAUUUUUUUCGAGGAGGUCGAGGAUGGCCGACCCAGUCCUGUGACCCAUGAAGUCUUCCCAAUGCAAGGGGUGACAGGUGCCGUUUCUGGCCAUUGUGGACCGUUGGGCGUUUCUGGACUUCUAUGGUUCACCUGGAGCAAUGACAGUUGGACCUCCACCAUGAAGAUCGCCGAUUUGAAGAUCACGGUGGAUAGCUCUGGGGAGGAUGAGCUGGUGCGCAAUCCUUCGUCGUCCUCUGUGCUGAUGCAGAAGCGACAGCGGGGCGCUGCAAGUGUGGGGGCUGGUUCCCUGCUGAGCCUCAGCUGCUGCCUGCCGUGGUUUUGGGAGACCGAGACUGAGGAGGACUUCGGAGAGUCAUCCCAGGUGCUGCGGCACCACCGGCUGCGGCAUCACUUCGACAGUCCCAGGGUUGUGAGGGAAGAGAAGCCAACACCGGCGGAAGAGCCGCCCGAGGAAUGUGGCGACUCGGCCAGGAAAGGCUGGGAAGGCGGCCUUGGCUCCCAAGCCUUCGCUCAGCUGAUGAUGCGCCUGGCUGCGCUGGUGCUGGUCAUCGCCACGGCGCAGACGUGUCGGAAGUACGUCAGUCUGGUGCAGGUGGAGCUGCGAUAG